GUCUUUGCCCUCGCGACGCCGCCACCUCCGGAACAAGCCAUGGUGGCGGCGACGGUGGCAGCGGCGUGGCUGCUCCUGUGGGCUGCGGCCUGCGCGCAGCAGGAGCAGGACUUCUACGACUUCAAGGCGGUCAACAUCCGGGGCAAACUGGUGUCGCUGGAGAAGUACCGCGGAUCGGUGUCCCUGGUGGUGAAUGUGGCCAGCGAGUGCGGCUUCACAGACCAGCACUACCGAGCCCUGCAGCAGCUGCAGCGGGACCUGGGUCCCCACCACUUCAACGUGCUCGCCUUCCCCUGCAACCAGUUUGGCCAACAGGAGCCUGACAGCAACAAGGAGAUUGAGAGCUUUGCCCGCCGCACCUACAGUGUCUCAUUCCCUAUGUUUAGCAAGAUUGCAGUCACCGGUACUGGUGCCCAUCCUGCCUUCAAGUACCUGGCCCAGACUUCUGGGAAGGAGCCCACCUGGAACUUCUGGAAGUACCUUGUAGCCCCAGAUGGAAAGGUGGUAGGGGCUUGGGACCCAACUGUGUCAGUGGAGGAGGUCAGACCCCAGAUCACAGCGCUCGUGAGGAAGCUCAUCCUACUGAAGCGAGAAGACUUAUAACCACUGCGUCUCCUCCUCCACCACCUCAUCCCGCCCACCUGUGUGGGGCUGACCAAUGCAAACUCAAAUGGUGCUUCAAAGGGAGAGACCCACUGACUCUCCUUCCUUUACUCUUAUGCCAUUGGUCCCAUCAUUCUUGUGGGGGGAAAAUUCUAGUAUUUUGAUUAUUUGAAUCUUACAGCAACAAAUAGGAACUCCUGGCCAAUGAGAGCUCUUGACCAGUGAAUCACCAGCCGAUACGAAAGUCUUGCCAACAAAAAUGUGUGGCAAAUAGAAGUAUAUCAAGCAAUAAUCUCCCACCCAAGGCUUCUGUAAACUGGGACCAAUGAUUACCUCAUAGGGCUGUUGUGAGGAUUAGGAUGAAAUACCUGUGAAAGUGCCUAGGCAGUGCCAGCCAAAUAGGAGGCAUUCAAUAAACAUUUUUUGCAUAUAAACCAAAAAAUAACUUGUUAUCAAUAAAAACUUGCAUCCAACAUGAAUUUCCAGCCGAUGAUAAUCCAGGCCAAAGGUUUAGUUGUUGUUAUUUCCUCUGUAUUAUUUUCUUCAUUACAAAAGAAAUGCAAGUUCAUUGUAACAAUCCAAAUAAUACCUCACGAUAUAAAAUAAAAAUGAAAGUAUCCUCCUCA